CCCAAGUGAAGAGGUUUUGGGGGUCGAGGUGGAGAACUUGAUUGUGUCUCCAGGCAUCGUGUUGUACUUGGACAUCCAAGUGCGGUGUCUUGGUUACCAUGGCAAAGAAUUGUAAUUCACAAGGGACUCCUGUUGGCCACAUGAGCCUUGCAGUGUCAGACGGAGAGUUGAAUAUGUCUGCGCGCAGCUGUGCAGGCAGCAGCUCCAGCCUCCCUGGGACCCCGGGCGGCGUGGCCUGCCCAGCUAACAGUGUGCUAAGCUGGGCAGUCUCCUUUGAGAAGCUGCUGGAAGACCCCAGUGGAGUCAGCAACUUUACAACCUUUCUGAAAUCUGAGGUGAGUGCAGAGAACAUAUUAUUUUGGCAAGCCUGCGAACAGUUCAAGAAGAUCCCAGCCACAUCAUUGGAGGAGCUGAAGGCAGCAGCUCGCUCAAUCUAUGAAACUUACUUGUCUGAGUGCGCUCCCCACUCGAUCAACAUUGAUGACACAGCCAAGAAAGAUGAAAAAGAAUUGGAACAACCCACUCCUGAUAUGUUUAACAAGGCUCAAGCACAGAUAUUUAAGUUGAUGAAGAUGGACAGCUACAGACGCUUUGUGCGCUCGCCCCUCUACCAGAGUUGCACUUUGGCUAGUGUAGAAGGCAAACAUUUACCUCGGCUCUCCACAGAACCUUUCCGCACAGUAUCCUGGGAGGAUGUGGCUUAUCGAACCCAGAACUUAAGUGACAAACAGUGCAAGAAGUCAGAUGGCAUCACUUUUACAGCUGGCAAGAGCUCCGUUGAUAAGCAGCGACAGAAAAGAGGAUCCUGGGGAGAUGCAUCCCACAGCAAUGUUUCACUUUCUCACAGAGAGCAUAAAGCUGUCAAGUCGAGCAGUAAUGUGGAGCUCGACUCCCUCUACAGGCCGACAGAGACUUGCCCAAAUCUUAAGAAUGGCCAAUCGUGUCCUCGCUCCCCGGAGCAAGCUGGCGUCUCUGGAGGACACUGUGGAGUGGAGGGCGGCUACUGCUGUGUCUACCUGCCUGACGGCAGCGCCUCCCUCGCGCCGACCCCUUAUGGCCUGCCCAUCAGAGACAUGCUGGCUGGCCUGUGUGAGAAAAGAGGCUUCUCACUGAAAGAUGUCAUCAUCUACCUUCAAGGCAAUGAUAAGCAGCCAUUAUCGCUGGACCAGGACUCCUCUGUACUGAGAGAUCAGCAGGUUUUGCUUGAGCUUCGGGUGAUGUUUGUACUGGAAAAUGCAUUUACUGGAAAGACAGGUGGGAUCAUGGCAAAGUCCAGUAAGACUCUGCAGGAAGCCCUGUCAACAGUGUUACAGAAACACAGUUUAAAGCCUCACGAGGCCCAGGUUACCAUUGUUGGGAGUGACGAGGCUGUGACCAUGAACACUACAGUGUUCAGACUGUCCAAUAAGAUGCUGCGGCUUGACAAAGCCAGAGAUGGAAGAGACCAAAGCAACAUCCCCAGAGCUAGUGGAACUGCUGCUGCCACACAGGCAGGAUCAAGCAGCCUUCAGACCCGGUUGUCCCCUCAGACUGACAAAGCAAAGACUCCACCAAAGCCCAGUAAGAACCCCGACAUGGAUGGGCUCCUGGACAUGCUGACAAGGGCGCAGUGUUGCAGGGUCGAUGACCAGCGAGGUCUUCUCACCAAAGAACAGCUCAAGGUUCCUCUGUUCCUGCAGCUGCCCCCAGACCUGGGAAAGGAGCAACAAUCCGAAGAGUCAAGCACAACCACCUGUUCUACUGCACAGCCAGACCAGGUUACUGAGAACUCACCACCUUCCAAUUCAGCUCAAUCUCAAAAGACAGAUUUGCGGGAAACAUCUGUAUGAAAGACUUGGCGUGUGGGAUGGGGAUGGAUGGGGGGGGGGGGGGGAGGGAAAUAAUGUAAAUAACAUUAACACUCAUGCGUUCAAAAGAUUUUCCUGUAGCACUUUAGUCAUGAACAAAUAAGCUCUCAGGCAGCAUUCUGCUACCACUUCCACUGAAGCUAAAGUUUGACCUCUUUAGGCAGAAGAGAAUGAAGGUAUCAGGAUACAUUUGAUAAAACACUACACUUCCUUAUAAGUACAGUGUUUCAUAUGAAAUAUUUUAAUCUAUCUGAAAUGAAAGUAUCUUGCCGUGAUGCAAUUGCGUCUGAUUCACAUGUAUUUUAAUGAGAUUUCACGUCACCACAUUUAUUCCUUAAUGUCAAUGCUUAACUAUAAACUAUAGCUACACAGGACUGCAGGUUUUGAAGAAUAUUGCAUGUUGUUUCAAUUCAAGAUUAUAAAAUGUUUUAAGCUGAUUUUUAGUUUUAAAAGGAUGCCAUUUUGUGUGCCUGCUUGUUUUCCUAAUGUUUGUCUUUUUUCCAGAAUGUUUUGUUUGCUGUGAUGUAAUUUUUUUUAAUAGUCCUCCUCCUGGUGUCAUCUCCUCACAAUCUUAAUUCUCAGGUUUAUCAUUAUCACUUAGCGUUGUAAUGCAGGGGGUCAAUUAGUAGGUAUAACUGCUCAUGGGACAUAUUUUUAAAUAAUUAAAAUCUUGUCAAAUACAAAGUUUACUCUGUCCCAUUUAUAUUUUGCACAUCCGAUAUUAGCUUUAAUAGGCAUACUGUAUAUAUUGCCAGGUAGGACCUCUUAUGCUUCUUACUUGACUGAUAGACUGCAGAGGAGAGCUUUUAACAAUUGCUUUUGUGGAAAAGAUUCCAUUAAUCAAUGUGCUUUUGGAUAGCUGCCAUGUCCUACAUUAGCGUACAGGAUCCUGUUUGGCGUACCAGGUGUCUGGCAUGCUCUCUCCUUUUUGUGUGCGCGUGCGCACGCAAAUGUCUCCAUCCAUCUCUCCGUGCACGAAUGGCACGUCGGUGAAGCUCUGAAUGGGCACAGGGAGAGGCGUGUCCUCGCACAGACUCCAUAGCAGCAGUGACACCAGGAGCAUCUCCUUGACUGGGCGUCUUCGUCUGCGAGAAGAGGAAGAAAAGCAGGCAGUUUUCCAAUUGAGGUCAUCUUUCAGUGAAGUCAUCCAUGGAGCAGAAGACAAAUGAGUGCUCCACCAGCACCUCUCCUCAGAAACGCAUGAAGAACCGCUCCAAAUCUAUAGAGGAGACUCAACAGUCAAAGAGGGCCUUUUCUUCACAGAAAUCCCUCCCAGGAAGACCAGAGCUGGACAGAGUGAAGGAGUGCCUUGAGGGUUCAGAGACGCCCUCGUCCUCCACUGAAGAAUUAAAGGGAUGAACGAAUAGCCAAGUAAACUUGUCGUCAGACAAAUCUACCUACGAAUACAUGGAAAACAAGGCAAACGAAAUUGUAAGGAAAAGUGGGCAAUGUGAGCAUGUUAAAUGUACUGUAAGCUGCCAUACGCAUAAACAUUAAGCUGAUGAUCAUGUAUGUAAUGCAAGUUUUUAUCCUGUUCUGUUGUAUUUGUAAGCACUGCAAAAUGUGAAUUGACGAAAGGUGACGUUAUUGGGUCUAUUCAACAGUUUGCCCGAGAGGUCAUGAAACUGCUUUGACUUUUCUUUUUGAACGUGGUCUGGUCAUCUUCCAGGAAAAAUGAAUACCUUUUUGAGUGCAUCUUGUAGCAACAAACAAAAACAUCAGCCACUAUAUUUUGUCUGUAUGUCCUGGCAUCCUACCAGCAGAAGGUGUAAUUUAGGAACGUCAUUACUGCCAAGCUAUCAAAUUGUGGGUUGAGAGUGUUGGUUCUCUUUUCUCUUCCGGACUAAUUUUGUAACGGUACACUCACUUAAUUUGAUACGAAACAUUACAAACGACUCUCAGUAUCAUGCAGUGCAGAUUUACAAUACUGUCAAUUAUGACCACUCUCAGUGCUGUUCAAACCUGUACAUUAUUUGUUUCCCCCCAAUUCAGCUCUUAUGGAUCUCAUUGUGGUAGGUGACUGUUUUGUCACUUGAAUCUAGCCAGGAUAUGUGGAUAAUGUUUGUAAUGUUCAUUUUUAAUAGUUUAUCUGUUUAUUAGAUACAAUCUGGUCAGGCCAUGGUUAAAUUAAAAAUGAUGAUGCGCACCUAGAAA